AGUCUUGGAUAGUGUUGAGCCAUGAAACUGUUUCCGGGAACAGGGUACCAGCAGUAAACAUGGCGGAGGAGCUGCUGGAAGCAGUGGAGAGACUCCAGUCUCGGCUCUCGGAGAAUUUAGAGCCCAAAAAGCUCCUGAAGACUCUGAGACGACUAGGGGAGCUGCCUAUGACCGUUGAGAUACUCGUGGACACUGGCGUUGGGAAAACCGUAAAUUCUUUCCGGAAGCAUGAGCUAGCGGGCGAGGUGGCCAAAGGCCUGGUCGCCAAAUGGAAGAAGCUGGUUCCCCAGCCGGUGGCCGACAGGCACAGCAUCAGCCUCCACAAGGAGGCCCCCCGGUCACAAGCCCCGCCUCGGGGCCACCAUGAAGGCGGCGGCGGCGGCGGCGGCGGCGGGGGCCACCGACGAGCCAGGUCGCCCACACCUCAGCCAGUGGAGGAGGAAGAGGAGGAGGAGGAGGAGGAGAUGGAGGAGCGGCAGCAGAGACGGCAUCGGGAGGAGGAGAUGGUGACGGAGGAGGAGGAAGAGGAGCCGGGCUACAGCCGAGGCUACUCCCCCUCCCCCCCCCCCCAGCACCACCAGCACAGCCCCCCGCGGCACGAGCGCUACAGCCCGCAGCCCCGAGGCGGGGGCUACCGGUCCGACGAGUACGACGACAGCCCCCAGCCCAGCCCCCCGCCCGUGGCCCCGUCGCCGCCCCCCCCCGUCCGCGGCCGCGACGCCCCCAGACACGGCAAGCCCCACAAGGGGCCCGGCGGGGCUGCCCCGGCCCAGCCGCCGCAGGCCACCCGCGGUUCCCACGGUGACCGGCGGGACCGAGAGCGCGUGGAGGAGAGGCCGCAGAAGAAGCGUGUGGUGGAGGCGGAGUGGUCUCCGGGAGGCGGGGCCAAGACGGCCAAGCACAGCCGGCACGCCACCCCGCCCGAGGGCAAGAGGGAGAAGGAGAGGGGGGAGAGGGAGGAGAGGGAGGAGAGGAAGAAGGGAGGAGCUGACGGGCGACCCCAGGCCCCAAAAGACCCUGGUCCCGGCGAAGAGGACGACUCCGAUACCCCCACCAUGUCCUUUGAGUCCUUCCUCAUGUACGACGCUUCGCCGAAGACGCCGAAGAAGAAGAAGAGUAAGCCCUCCUCCUCGUCGUCCUCGUCACACAGCCGCCCCCCCCGCCCGUCGUCAUCCUCGUCUUCCUCCCACGCACGGACCCAGCCGGCCGCUGCCUCUUCCUCCUCCUCCUCCUCCUCAUCCAAGCCCAGCAAGUCCAACGGUACGAAGAGCAGCAAGAAGUCCGAGGUGGUUUCCUCCCCGGUCGCCGCGACGCCUGAGAAACGCAGGAGGGUUGUGGAGGCGGUCCCUGCAAUGCCAGACUUCCCCCUACCAGCCAUCCAGCCCAACUACAGACCCCUGCCCUCUUUGGACCCCCAGCCCUUGUCCCCACAAAGACGCAAAGUCCCCCAGGCCAACGGGGAGGAUGAGUCAGGGUUCACAGGGAAGCGCUUCAACUCCAAGAUGACGGUCUACUCAGGCACCAAGACGGCCUACCUGCCCAAGAUGAUGUCCCUCUACGAGCAGUGCCUCCGCGUGCUGCAGAACAACAUCGACUCCAUCGACGAGGUGGGCGGGGUCCCCUUCCUGAUCCUGGAGCCGGUGCUGGAGCGAUGCACACCAGAGCAGCUCUACCGCAUCGAGGAAUGCAACUCGUGUUUCAUCGCGGACUCUGACGACCUGUGGUUGCGCCACUGCCAGCGGGAUUUCCGGCGCUCGGCUCCCGACGAGUACGAGUCGUGGCGGGAGAUGUACCUGCGGCUGCACGACGAGCGAGAGGAGCGGCUUCGAAUGCUCACCCAGAACAUCAGCUCGGCCCACGCCAACAAACCCAAAGGGAGACAGGUGAAGAUGGCGUUCGUGAACUCUGUAGCCAAGCCGCCGCGUGACGUCCGGCGGCGCCAGGAGAAGUUCGGCACGCUCUCCACCUCAACGGCCCGCUCCGCCGCCGCCGCCGCACCCAUCAAAAUCCGGCCGGCCACCUCCUACUCGGUCCCCGGUGAUCCCAGCCAGUUCUCCUCCUCCUCCUCGGCCUCCUACUCCCAGGGCAGCCCCCCCCACGGCUCUGCCCGCGCCUCCCUGGGGGCCGCGGUGGGGGGACCACCGGGACGGGAUAAGCCAGUGGUCAAAAAAAUCGCCCCCAUGAUGGCCAAAACAAUCAAGGCAUUCAAGAACCGUUUCUCCCGGCGGUAGAAAGAAGGAAAUAACGAACUGAAUAUAUUUUAUCGAUUUUUAACCUUCACUAAGAUGGAGAAUUUAAGUUUAAUUUAUGUUCAUUUUAUUUUCACAGACACACAAACACACACACACACACACACAUGUUACACCCAAAACAUAAUUUUUUGGGGAAUGGAGAGAAAUGGAAUUUCCAUGUUGAUGGAUGUAUUUUUAGAAUUUUACAAAGUAUUUAUAUUGUGAAAUGUGAUCAGUGAGUGUGCGAUAUGUUUAGGUGUUGGGUGAUUUUCGCUGACGAAAUUAAGGGGGAGGUCCAAACGGAAAAGUUAUUUUCCACGCAGGAUGUCCGCGUAGUUUUUCCACCUAAUCUCUCUUUGAACCUGUCCCUAGCAUACUCGCUUCACGAUUGUUCCCUAAAAGGGUGAUAUACAGCAGGUCUAUACUGUCGUUUCAGACGGAACACUUCCACCGUGGGAUAAUAUUCCUCCUGAAACACGUACACUACAUCAGACCGACAUUGCAGAGAAUUCUGCCUUUUUUUAAAACAAAAAUAAGGAAAUCUUACAAAUGUUUCUCGGUAGAGUAACCCCCCCCCCCCCCCCCCCCAAACACAAAGCAUACAAUGGCUGGUUAGUGACUUGGGAUUCUUUUUAAAGGACAACUGAAAAGGCACAUCUGCUAAUUCUUAACCCUAUGUGUAUUUUCUUUUUCUUUUUUUUAUUGUGCUCCAUAUCCACUGUGUAAUGCAAUUGAAAAUUCAAUAUUUUGAACAAGGUGUAUUUGAAAAUGAUUAUGGAUGAACUAUUGAUCGCUACAGCUUCACUUCGACACUGAUCAUGAUGUAUUUAUUUCGAUCCUCGAAACUGGAACCAGAAAACUUGGACAGCAAAGAUCAUGGAACAAAAAGUUAUUUUAUUAGAUUUUAAUAAAUGUUAUAUGGAGAUUUUUAAUAAAAACCUUUUUUUUUGUUUGCCCUUA